AUGUACAAGGCACCACUAAGGGCUAGUGCCGGCCUUUUUCUCAUCCACCCACUCACAUACGUGGGCAGUUUCAAAAACUUCUGGAAUUUCAAGGCUGAAACUGAAAGUCAUGUGAAUGCUAAGGAACAAUAUGACAUUCAGCUCAUCAAAGACAAGUUCAGUAAGCUUCGAGACCAUUAUGGUGUACCAAAGUACCCAAUGGUUCUAUGCCAUGGUCUUCUGGGAUUUGAUACUUUGACGCUUUUUGAAGUUCCUCAAGUUGCGGAUGCCAAUGCCGAUUUGGAAGAGGUUGCUGAAAAUGUCAAGAAGAGUGGUAUCCUGGUGAACUAUUGGCAUGGUAUCGAGGAAGCGCUAACCAAAGCUGGAGCACUGGUUAUAAUAGCUCGCGUUCCGCCUUUUGGCUCAAUUGACCAGCGUGCUGAACGUUUGGAUGCCUUGUUGAAGGAAAAGUGUUCUGGCCAUGAAGGCAAAGAGCCAGGCGAAAGACUUAAGAUUAAUAUAGUGGGCCAUUCGAUGGGUGGCCUUGAUGCAAGGUAUCUUAUACUGAAGAUCCAGAAUGAGAAAUCGCCUUAUGAAGUGGUGAGUUUAACGACGAUCGGUACUCCCCACCACGGAUCUGAGUGUGCUGACUUUGUCAUGGACCUUGUGAGCAAAGACGCAGCUCUUGAGGCUAUUUGUCCCAAGGCGAUUCCUCAAUUAACGACACAUUUUAUGAAAGGCUUCAACAAGGAUGUUAUUAACGAUAGUAAGGUGUCGUACUUCUCCUAUGGAGCCCUGAUGCCUCCACAAGGCGUUCGUGUGUUCCGUGCAACAUAUGAGAUAAUCAAGCACGAGAUACAGAAACGAGGAGGAACGCAUUUUGAAAACGAUGGUAUGGUUAGCGUCGAGCUGUCAAGAUGGGGUGAGUACUUGGGUACCUUGUCAGAUGUUGAUCAUCUUGACUUGAUCAACUGGACAAACCGUAUCAAGACCACUGUUGACCAGCUUGUCUUUGAUAAGACCCCAACCUUUAAUCCCAUUGCAUUGUACUUAGACAUUGCAGAAAACCUCAGCAAGCGGGGCUUUUAG